AUGCAUCCUAAUGACACCUUCGUCUUGGACUUUCAGCCUCCAGAGCUCACAGCUGCUCCCAUGGAGAAACUUACUCUGAGUUGGAAGAGCCCUUGUGUGGUUGGGACUGGGCUCCAGAAUAGAGGGGACACGUGCUACGUGAGCAGCGUGCUGCAGGGUCUGAUAAACAAGCAGGAGGGCGGCCGUGAGUUUCUGAUGUCCGCUGCAUACGCCAUGCAGCAGUUAGGUUGGCAGGAGCACAAGCCAUCAGCCUGGUCCUCUGAGAGCACCACCCUAAUCUGCCGAAAAUUUGGAGGGUACUGGAGAUCUCAAAUCAAGCAUCUCUGCUGCCAUGGUGUGUCAAACACUUCCGACCCUUACCUGCAUAUCAGAGCAGCUCAGAACGUGAACCGAGCUUUGGAAGUGGAGAUGCGUGAAAAGCUGAUUGGUGGAAAUUCCUAUCAUUGCAGCAUUUGUCUGAAGAAGGCAGCUGCUUCCAAGACCCCGACUUGGCACACAUCCUCCAAGGUCCUUAUCCUUGUAUUGAAAGGUUGUGUUUUAUCGUUUAAGGACGGGAUGUUUUAUACACAUCAGAGGUGGAGGAGUGUGUGCUUGUGUUCUGUGUGA